AUGAGAAGGAAAAAAAAAAACUUCUCGACUGGAUUCCAACCCCUUGACCCGGUGUCAAGUCAGAAUCUCUCCCGGCGGCACCUGCUACGCUGUGAGUCUCCUCUCAAGUCUGUCACAUUUGCUCACUUGCUAUCACUUUUCGUGGGCGGGACCCUCACGAUAGCUAAGGGUACCGUUGCCGAAAUCUGCAUUGCCCUAAGGUCUGGUCACCUCAGGCCGGCCCUACGCCAAGACUCGCGGAACAGAACGGCCAGUGCCCAGCACCACCAGGUGGAAAUCUUUGACGGACAGGGGUGGUGGGGUAUGCCUAGAGCUCUGAUGGUUGGGCGUGUGGGUGUUGAGGCUGCAAAUCCUCGGACAAAGCGGGGGCUCAGUUUCCGUAGGAGUCGGGUGUCGAGGUUUACUCGCCGGUGGGUGUGA